GACGGUGCAGUGAUUGACGGAACUAUGUUCAUUAUCGAUACGUAGACAUAUUCAACACAACUGAUGUACCACUAUGGGAUUGUAUUAGAAUGCCUAAGUUCUACCCCUGCUUGCUGUGCUCCAAAAGAACAUCACAACAGGACAGAUACAGGAUAAAGAAGGAGCAUGCAGACUUCAUCAAGAGAAGACUCCGUAUGGAUGUUUCUGAUGACAGCAUGCUGUGUAGGAAAUGUCGUCACAUGUGUGAAACAAAAUCGACAAGAGAUUCUAUUUGCAACAGCCCUGAGCCAAACAAAAUACAGAAAACAUUAUCAAAGCAGAGUAUGAAGAGCCCUCCUUCAGUAACACUGUCCAUCCCAAGUACUUCUACAAGUCAUGCCAACUGUGUAAUAUGUAAAAAGCCAGGGCUAAAGCUUGUUGUUGUUCCUGAAAACACUCGUGUAAAUGUAUUCAUCCAAAAAGAAACAUUUGUUCCACCUGGUUCUAGAUGCUGUCCUAAACAUAUAUCUGAUGGAGAUCUCAACACUGAGGCAUUGCAUCUGUUGAAACAAACAAGUUCAGUCUCCAAUGUCAACAGGACCACCAUUGUUGGAGUUUUAAAACAAACCAGGGAUGUAGCAAUCCAAAAUCAGAACAAGAGACUGAAUUUUGAUGAUCCACAUGGAAUGCAAAAUGAAGAUUACUACAAUCUAACAGGUGUUACAAAGGAUCAGUUUGAUGAAUUGAUGACGUAUUUGGUGGAGACCAACUUAAGAUCAUCCAAGAACAGAAGUACUAGAACAUGUGUAGCAUUAUUGUUGACGAAACUUAGAUGUGGUUUAAGUAAUCAACUACUUGGAACCUUAUUUGGCAUGAAAAAAUGGCAGGUUCGACGUGCUGUUAUAUCUGCGAAAAAUGCUUUGAUGGAAGAUUUUGUGCCAAAGCAUUUGGGGUUCUCUCACAUAUCAAGGGAGGAUGUCAUUAAUCACCAUACUCGUCCCCUUGCCAAGGAACUUCUAUGCAGCAUGUCAGAUAAUCCAGUCAUUCUUGUACUCGAUGGGACUUAUGUAUACCUCCAAAAAAGCGGAAACUUUUCUUUCUCACGUCGUUCCUACAGCACCCACAAACACCGGCCAUUAGUUAAACCGAUGAUGAUUGUAUCAACUUCUGGAUAUAUAAUUUCUGUAUUAGGUCCCUAUCUGGCAGAUUCCAAAAAUUCUGAUGCAAAGAUCUUAAGUCACAUGAUCCAGACAAAUGUAGAGGACAUUAGGAAAUGGGUAGAAGAAGACGAUAUUUUUAUUGUCGACAGAGGUUUCAGAGACGCAGAAGCUUUGCUUGAUGACUUGGGGAUACAUGUUGAAAUGCCAUCCUUUCUGACUCGUCAUUCAAAGCAACACUCAACAGAAGAAGCCAAUUCAACCAGAUUUGCGACCAAGCUUAGAUCGGUUGUCGAGUCAGUGAAUGGCAGGCUCAAGACAUGGAAUUAUUUGAGCAGGACCAUCCCCAAUACACAGAUACCACAUAUUGGCGAUUAUGUCCGCAUAGUAAGUGCAAUCUGCAACAAGUUUAGACCAGACUUGAGCACUGGAAUUGAGGAGGAAGAUGUUGCCAUGGCUGCAAAAAUGCGAUUUCUUGCAAACGGAGUGAAUGAGUUAAAGGAUUAUGUUGAGACAAGUGGUUUAGAGAAGCGGAGCAUAAGAUGGAAGAAGAUAGACUCCCAUGAUGUAGUCUUCCCUCAUUUGACAGAGGAGGAAAUACGCCAGUUAACCUUAGGUGUGUACCAAAUAAGAUUGGCAAAGUCAUAUGCAUAUGAACAUUUUAUGGAAGGAAGGUAUGAAAUUUUCAUCAGUGAUGACUUUGAUGGAAUCCUGUGUGCCAAGAUUCAAAGUAGACACAUUUCCGCAAAGAAAUACUUACUCUGGAUAAGACAUGAUGAUAUCAGUAUCAAAUCUUGGUUUUGCAAAUGUAAAGUUGGUACAAGAGUUGUGGGCAUGUGUGCUCAUAUUACCAGUGUGAUUUGGUUCUUGGGUCUUGCUCGUCAUGAGGAAAGUGGUGUCUGUGGUGUGCGCGAUUGGUGUAGUUCUGUUGAGGAUGCUGCUGCACUCCCAAUUGAUGAAUCAGAAAGUGAGGAAGAAAGAUGUUCCAUAACAGAAGAGGAGUGA